AUGGCAAAAAACAAGAAACAAACCGUGAAACCUAAGAGAAUCUUCUCUCGCAAUGAUGAAAUAAUUCUUCUCAAUGGCCUCUUACAAAUAAAAUCUAAAAGAGGCAUUGAUCCGGCCAAAAUAUUAAGCAAGGUUUACAGCACCCAUAAGUAUUCUUUUAGCAACAAAACUAUUAGAAAAAGGCAACUUAGUGAUAAGAUUCAUAAACUUAAGAAGAAAUAUCAGGAAAAUCUGACAAUGAAAGAGCAAGGUUCUCUCAUUUUCAUUGAUACUCAUAAGGAGAAACUAUUUGAACUUUCUAAUGAGUUAUGGGGAGUAGAAAAUGGAGCAGUAGACAGGGAAAUUGGAGCCGAUGAAGGAGAACAUGGAGAUGAUAAUAUGCAUAUGAAUUUAUUGAAGAGGGCGGAGUUGGAUAAAAGAUGUUUGGAGUUGAAAGUUCAAGAGGAUCAACUGCGUCUCCAACGCUCGUUGUUACUUAAAGAGCAAGUUGAUUUGAUUUAUAAGAGCCUGCUAGAGUCAUCUGAGGUAGAUAAGGAAAGUAGAGAAGCAUGA